UUCAUGAUUUGACGCCGGAGUCACGUCUGAUCUCAGCGAUCGCCAAAUCAGACCGGCACAGAGGGACGGCGGAAGAGGGGCAGCUGAACCCGUAUCGAUCAGAGCCCAGAUCAAUGAAAGAUCCGAUAGCCAGAUCGUGGGUAACGCGAGUCCCACGCAUGGUGACCGGUCAGUAGGCGACGAGCCUAUGAUCACCGCCGCUGGCCUUGCCGCAGCUCCCGUUGCGCCCCAUCACUCUCAACCCGUUCUGACGGCCACUGAUUGGGCCGGGAUGGCAUGGAGGCAAACGCAGGAUGAAGCUGGCGGCGAGUUGAUUGCUUGUUACGGGCGAAUCCAAGUCCCGAUGUACCAUAUCGCACGAUGUGUUGAGGGUUGGGAAGUGCCGGUCGGACGUCCCUGCAAGCUGAUCCCCGCUAUGAAACCGAGACGCUUGGACGGGACGCCGUCAGGAGUAAGUAGGCCUCGAGCGAGCAGUGAUAUCUCCCCUCAUUUGACCUCCUCAACAGGGCUGAGUCGACGGCGUAAGCUUAGUCCAAGCAGUCAGAAGCAAUCAUGAAUUUGCGUGCGACGGAGGAUAUUCUGGCAUGCAUCGUGUUGCUUUGUUUCCCGUCUUACCCGAGUCAACAUCGUUAUCAGUGUUCCUGGCAUCAGAGUUUUCGCUGUGAUUUGUGCGACUAGCCAGGAAAUUGCUUCUUCUCCCUCUGUAGAUCCAUUCAUCCC